CAUUUUGCCGCCCGUUGUAGUUAGGAGAGAGAUCUCUCCCGCCUAGGACGGUGUUGUCUGGAAAGAAAAAAAAACGGUUCCGACACGACCGAGUAAAGAAGAAUUAAUUCAAGAGAACUGGGUUCAAAGUUUUUUGAACACCAUCAUUGCCUCACAUAGUAUGUCAAGCUGAACUGUAGCCUGAGAUUUGAGUUGUGAUUUAUAGAUUGUAGAUUGUGUCUUGUCGCCAUUUGAAACCGAUGCGUAACAUUGUUUGGCUCUUGUGAGUGCAGUAGCAAACUCAUUGUCUUACAAUGAGUUUCACCCCGUUUGGCGGCUUCCCGACGACGCUGGCAACAAUCCCGCAUUUUGCUGUUGGAAAGUUCCAGCAAGCCCAGGAUCAAGGGUUCGUUUCAAUACCAUCAUCCCAAGGCCUGCAGAUUGCCGUCAGCACUGUGGAUCCCUCACAGUUGAAUCACAACCUCAAUGGCCAUGUUCACGUACCAACAUCCAGCACCCUCCAGAUCCAGAAUCAAAUGCUCAAUACAUUACUGAGCAAGACUGGGCAGAACGAUGUGUUUGUAAAAGUGGAGACGGAGGGUGAGGGGGACGAUAGGUUCCAGCAGCAACACCAUCAAGAGAAAAACAGUGCCCAACAAGACAUCAGCAGUUUAAAUGAAUACCUGUCUCGGUUCUCAGGCCCACCCACAUUCCCUUUUCAACAAAUGUACAAAUACCCUGCUGAGCUCAUACAAGUCACUCAGAUUGAAGAUCAGCAACAACAGCAGCAGAAUAUGAUGAGUGACAACUCUCCGUCUGUCCAAACUCCUGAGCAACAACAACAGCAGCCUCAGGCACCAAAGAAAGCGAAAAAAAAGAAAAAGAGACGAGAUCCCAUUCCCGGAUUGCCUACGCCUAGAAGAAGGAGCACGAGCUUACAACCAGCUUUGACAACAGCAUUGGAUGGAAGUACACUAUAUGGAUGUCCUCAGUGCCACACGGUCUUCAAUAACCGCGAAGCUAUCGAGACCCAUCUAACGAUACACCGGUCCGAAAGACCGUUUAUCUGCAAUGACUGUGGUGCGGCCUUAAAACGUAAAGAACAUUUAGAUCGACACAGGUCUUCGCACAUGACUGAACGUCCACACCCGUGCCCUGUUUGUAGCAAGACAUUCAAACGAAUCGAACAUUUGCAAAGGCAUUCAAUCAUCCACCGGACGGAUAAAGUGCAUCGAUGCCCCGAGUGCGGUAAAGGUUUCAACCGCAAAGAUCACCUGACCAAGCACGUUCACUCCCACAUGGCCAAGAGGAUCAAGCAAGAGCUUGGCCAGCAGCCAGGGAAAGGUGGGCAACAGCAGGGGCAGCAGCAUCAGAACAAUGACAACAAUUCCACCAUUAACAUUCAACAGCAUCAGAGCAUAUUGGCGCAGUUACAUUAA